AUGGAAGCUUCUCAGCUUCUACAUCUAAGACCGCGGCCGUUGCUUGUCUGCUGCUUAGAUCGUCACGAAACCGCUUUUAUUCACCGUUGUAACUGCAUUACUUCAACGAUUGAUGGCAAAACUCAAAUUGAAUUUUUUUUUUCUGAGCUGUUAAGUUUACAGAAGAAGAAAUGGAGAUGGUUCUGGAGAGAACCCAGAUGUAAAGUUGACGCCUUCAAUAAAAUCAGUGCUCGUGUUGUUUCUCUUGAGUCUCAGAAACUCGAUGUAUUCGUGCUUCAGGGUCUGGUUGCAAACUCAAUGUCUUCGUGCUUCAGGCUCUCUAAAACUCGAUGUCUUUGCCCACACUCACUCAGAUUGUGUGAGCCGUGGCGGUCCCAAACCAGCAGCUGA